AUGGAACUAAAUACACAUCUAACACAGCUAGCCGAUAGUAUCAAUAGGGAGAAUGGUCAAUUGAUGGCUGACCAUUUAUCAUUAAGUGAGAUAAUCUCAUUGACAAUAGAGCACGAGUCAACGGUGCCAUCAAUGCAUAGUAGGACAACACAACAAGAGAUAGCGUUCAAUAACAAAAUGAGCUUGCUCAAGAAGAUGGACAAUGUGAUCAAGCGCACCGUCGACCUCGACUCAUUCGUGCAGAACAAGAUGCAUCUGGCGCUCGACGCCGAGACGCGCAGAUCCUACCACGAGAUGACCGUGUCGCGUCUGCGCGCCGUCUCCUCCAUCUUUGACGGCCGCUACACCGACGCCUUCAAACAUCUCUCCGACGCCAUCACGGCAUUCCUCAAGGUGUUUGAGGUGUGGUCGACGCCCGUCAUGUGGAAGCUGACCUACAACAUCAGGAUAAUGGCCAAGCUGGUCAAUGCGGCGCCUUCAUCAUCGACGACGACAACAACGCCCGGCAGUGGCGGCAGCAGCGAACGCAAGAUCGACCCAUUCGAGGAGGCGUCACGUCUGCUCAAUCGAUGCUUUCAAAGUUCGGGCGCGGAUCGUGCCACCGACCUCGAGCUGUCAAAGAAGCGAGCGGCAAUGGGCAUCGUCAAUCAGCUGUUCCAGAUCUACUUCAAGCUGAACAAUCUGAAACUGUGCAAGAACUUGACCAAGACGAUUGAGAGCAAGCUCUACCCCGCACUGGACACCUAUCCCAUCAAACAAUGCAUCACAUAUCGAUUCUUUGUCGGACGUCUCGCAGCCUUUGACGGCGACUUUGUCAAAGCUCGCGAGUUCCUCCUCUUCUCAUUCAAUCAAUGUCCAUCAGAUAACCAGAAGAACAAGCGCCUGAUACUGUUAUACUUGAUACCAAUGCAAUUGUCGCAGUGUAUAUUCCCCAAGCAAUCAUUGUUGAUUAAGCAUGGUCUACAUCAAUUCGUUGGAAUUGUCAAGGGAAUGAAGACAGGCGACAUCAAACAGUUCAAUGAGUGUCUGUCCUCCAACCAGAACUACUUCAUCCAGAAAGGUAUUUACCUCAUCAUUGAGAAGUUAAAGAACAUCGUGUACAGAAAUCUAUUCAAGAAGAUAUACUUGAUCAAUGGCAAUGCACGUGUACCGAUUGGUCACUUUGUAACAGCGCUCAAGUGGGCAGAGAAUGAAACUGUUGAUGUGGACGAGGCAGAGUGCAUCAUUUCCAACCUGAUCUACAAUGGAUACAUCAAGGGAUACAUCAGUCAUAAGGUUGGACUGGUACUUAGUCCAACAAACCCAUUCCCUGCAUUCUGGAAAUAG